UUGCAGCAGCAGUGCACUCUCACACAGGUUGGCAGUCACACAGCAUCUAGGUUUGUUUUAAAGAGACUUGCAAACAUGUCGGUGAAAUUGGACGGCAACAUUUUUGUGACUGGCACCAACAGAGGCAUCGGUUUGGAGCUGGUCAAACAACUGGCCGAGAAGACAGGACAGCAAUGUCACAUCUACGCCUGCUGCAGAGAGCCUGAGGGCACCGGAGCUGAGGCCCUGAGGCAGCUCGUCACUCAAUAUCCUGGAAAGAUCACUAUAAUCAAACUAGACGCAUCCGACGAGGACAGUAUCUCAGCUGCCGUCAAGACUGUGAGUGAGCGUAUCGGCGAUGCUGGUUUGAACCUCCUCAUCAACAAUGCUGCGAUCAAUAAACCUCCCCAGCAUGCGACAUUAGCUGACACUGGGAAAAAGGACAUGAUGGACGUGUAUGAGACCAACGUGACUGGACCGUUUCUCCUCGCUAAGAUGUUUCUGCCGCUCCUCCAGAAAGCAGCAGAGAAAGGCUCAUCGGAGGGUGAUAAAAUGUCCUGCAAGAGGUCAGCCAUCAUUAACAUCUCCACCAUCUUCUCGUCCAUGGAGAAAUGUCCGGAGAGCUUCGCCUUUGCACCGGUGUACUCUUACAGGACCAGCAAGGCGGCGCUGAACAUGCUGACUCGCUGUCAAGCUGAGGACUUCAAGAGCCGCAACAUCCUGGUGACAGCGAUCCACCCUGGCUGGGUGCUCACUGACUUGGGAGGAGACCAGGUGAGGGGAUGGCGAUAAGACAAAAAAAAAAGCCCUC